AACCUACAACACCCUCUCUUCUCUGCUGGACAGUGAAACUAUCACACCCAUCCCUUGUAAGGCACUCGAAUCUGCACCAUCAACAAUUACCCUCGUUUAUCCUCCUGAAUACCUUCUCUCUUUCUCCUCUUUCUUCUAUUAAAACUCACAAGUUGUGCCCUUUAAACUCUCGCGACCUUGCUGCACAAACAGCACAAGUCAGAAGAGAGCUCGUGGCUCUCAGGGUUAUAAGACUUCUCAUUCUAAAACUUCGCUAACAUUACUUAUAAAAGUUGCACCCCAACACACCCAGGCUUGUUGCCAGAUGGUCAGUCCGGUGUUGACUCGGAAAACGGAAGAAAAAACCCAGGAUACUUCUGCUUCCUGCCGAUCAAAGACGAGGUGUACCGGAAAGCGUGGAUCAACGCGAAUAUCGGCCUAACCACGAGCGGUCGUGGUAGGAGGUAAAUAGAGUUUCGGUACUCCCCCCCCGCUGGCUUGUUUGACCAUGGCAUGGCAUGGCCGGGUCCAGGCCCAAACACGCCCGAAAAUAGAAAACAGAUGCUCGGCAGACUCGAGAAUCCAAGCUGCUUCAACCGCAGAAACGCGAGGGCGAUGACGGCGACAUAUAUGCUGCUGGGGAGGAAAUAUAUAAUAUCAUACCCCACUGUGCGGCAGACCCCCUCCACCCACGCCUCGUCGUUCUCUGGCCGCUCGCUCUCUAUUUGCUGCACCAGCCUGCAGUGCCAUGCAGCCGUUGCAAGGAAGUGCGAUAACGAAACCAAUCAGCCGCCCGUGGGGUUGCAGAGCCGGCCAAUGUGGCCCGUUGCCGCUGUUCGAAGCGUGGAGGGGAGUGUGUGGGCGACCAACGGGUUGUGUCCUCACAGUCGCAGUUUUUGCUCGAAACCUACUGUGCUCCUCAAGAGUGCAGAGUGCAGACUGUGCAGUUUGCAGAUUGCCCAGAAAGCCCCCUCCAACGGUCUGCGGUCUGUGGUACAGCCUCCUAUCCCCAAUUCGUCGUCGUGCUGGGCCUCGCUUCCCUGUGCGCUUAUCUGCUCGCUAGGCCUGAUAAGGGCCUCUGCUGUAUUGUAUCAGUAUCGUCUGCACACUGCUCUUCCUCCAACCUUCACUCCUCCCUUUUGCUCACAAGCCUGAGUCUCGAGACUCUGGAGCCUCAUUCAACGCACUCCCGACUUGCUCUGCUCCUGCACGCUUGCCCGCCAACGGGCCUUGUCACUGCCUCUCUCCACCGUAGAGCUCCCGGCUCGUCCUCCUCCUAUCACGCGAAUC